CUCUUCAUACCCACGACUCAACCACCGGCAUCUUGCACAUUUUAUUAUACCAAAACCUCCUUUUUGCUCUACAACGGGUAUCAUUGCAGUCGUAAUAGCAACCCUCUACUACCAUUCGAGACUCGCCCAACCCUCCUUGCGAAUUGAUCGAUAGCGAAACAGACAUAGCAAGACCCUUGCGCGCCGUCGUCGAUAUAUACCUUGCUCAGACGACAUUGGGACCAUGGCUUCUGCUUCGACUCUCCCAGGACCUGCUUUGCAGGCUUCCAAGGCUGCUCUGAACGCUGCUCUCGCGGAGGAAGAAGCCAAGAUCGCAGCUAAUGGCGACGCGCAAUCCGAGGACGGCGAGAUACAGGAAGUGGACAUGCAGCAGCAGGCUGAUGCCAUCCGUACCGUCUUCAAUGAUCCGACGAACUUCAACGUCAAGCACCCUCUAUACUCCUCCUGGACCCUCUGGUUCGAUUCUCCUGCGACUAAAGGUCGUAACCUUCCUCAAACCCCGAUGUCCUCUUUCCCACAAACACCGUUGCCUCAUACCCCCGGAGGGCUCGCGGCGCAGGGAUGGAUGGAAGAUAUCAAGCGUGUGAUUAGCUUCGACAGCGUGGAGGAGUUCUGGGGGCUGUACAAUAAUAUUGUGCUGCCCUCGCUACUGCCGCAGAAGGCAAAUUACUAUUUAUUCAAAGAGGGAAUUAUCCCGGCAUGGGAGGACGAAGCAAAUAAAAACGGUGGCAAGUGGAGUAUUCAGCUACCUAAGGACAAGAAUCGGGGGCAUAUCGAUAAGAUGUGGCUCUACACAAUGCUCGCGGCGAUCGGCGAGACGUGCGACCCACUUCUCGAAGCUGAGCCGGAUCAGCAGCCGCAAUCGCUUAUAACAGGUGUCAUCGUCUCGACGCGUCCCCAGUUCUACCGCUUGUCCAUCUGGACGCGUUCUGCGCCUGCUGGUACAGGCGCUCCAGAAGACGACAAGCUCCGCGAGCGGAUCGAGGCCAUUGGCCGACACUUCAAGACGAGCGUUCUUGGCUACAGCGAAGGGCAGAAGCUGGCAGGUCCUCUUGCGACUGAGGUCGAGUUCUUGUCGCACAAGGACUCAGAGAAGAAGGGCAAACAGGCGAAGAAGAUUGUAGUAUGAGGCGAGCCUGUGUCAGCGAUGCACGCUUUCUUCUUAUCGGUGUCAGAUUGCUAGUAUUAUCGGUGUUUCUACGUUACAUGCAUAACUUUGAGGGGUUGAUCGGCUCUGUUUGGGAGUACAGUUAGUCGUAUUCUUAUGGCCGUUAGUAAGUAGUGGCAUACAUCUGUUUAAUGGC